AUAGACACUCAAACCUCGUCUACUUCGCAACCACAUUUCCUUCUCUAGUUUGAAACUGAAAGAUCAACUCCAUUCCUGCCACCAGAGAUUGAACACCAAUGGCGUCCUCAAUUGAUAUUGCUCAGAUCAGAAAUGCCCAACGGGCACAAGGUCCAGCCACCAUUCUUGCCAUCGGCACUGCAACUCCAUCCAACUGCGUCUACCAAGCUGAUUAUCCCGAUUACUAUUUUCGGAUUACUAAAAGUGAGCACAUGGUGGAUCUCAAAGAGAAGUUCCAGCGCAUGUGUGAUAAGUCUAUGAUAAGAAAACGAUACAUGCAUCUGACAGAGGAGUUUCUCAAAGAGAACCCCAACCUUUGCGAGUACAUGGCUCCUUCGCUCGACGCCCGGCAAGACGUGGUCGUUGUCGAAGUCCCCAAGCUCGGUAAAGAAGCCGCAACCAAAGCCAUCAAAGAAUGGGGCCAACCUAAAUCCAAAAUCACCCAUCUCAUCUUCUGCACCACCUCCGGCGUUGACAUGCCCGGGGCCGAUUACCAGCUCACUAAGCUUCUCGGCCUACGUCCUUCUGUCAAACGGUUCAUGAUGUACCAACAAGGGUGUUUCGCCGGCGGCACGGUUCUCCGUCUCGCUAAGGACCUCGCUGAGAACAACAAGGGUGCUCGUGUUCUUGUGGUUUGCUCUGAGAUUACAGCGGUUACCUUCCGUGGCCCUAACGACACCCACCUUGAUUCCCUCGUUGGACAAGCUCUGUUCGGGGAUGGAGCUGCGGCGGUCAUCGUGGGUUCGGACCCUGACUUGACGAUGGAACGGCCGCUGUUCGAGAUGGUGUCUGCGGCUCAGACAAUCUUACCUGACUCCGAGGGAGCCAUCGACGGACAUUUGAGGGAGGUGGGGUUAACUUUUCAUCUCCUUAAAGAUGUUCCAGGGUUGAUCUCGAAGAACAUAGAGAAGGCUCUGACACAAGCAUUUUCUCCUUUGGGUAUAACUGAUUGGAACUCCAUCUUCUGGAUCGCCCACCCCGGUGGUCCGGCGAUACUGGACCAGGUGGAGCUCAAGCUUGGUCUCAAGGAGGAGAAGAUGAGAGCCACCAGACAUGUCUUGAGCGAGUACGGGAACAUGUCCAGUGCCUGCGUGUUGUUCAUCAUUGACGAGAUGAGAAAGAAGUCGGCGGAGGACGGUGCUGCCACCACCGGCGAAGGAUUGGACUGGGGUGUUCUGUUUGGGUUCGGUCCUGGUUUGACGGUGGAGACGGUGGUCCUUCAUAGUCUUCCAACCACCAUGCCAAUUCCCACCUAAAUUUGAUCCUUUAUCAACGUCUUUUCUUGAAGUUAAAAUCAUCAAAUCGUUAUUUAUGCUUUAAUUAAAUAAAUGAAUAUCUAGG